UUAUUAUUAUUAUUAUUAUUAUUUAUAUGGUUGAUUGAAUACCCACAUCUUGCAUUUUGAGUUUUUGUAUAUCAGUGCUCUGUUUUUUGGUUUUCCUUUUCUUAUGGUUGAACGUAUACCCACAUCUUAGAUUUUUGAAUUUGAUCAAGACCCACCAUUUUCUUGUUCUCCUCUCUUUGGAUCUUGAAGAAUGUCAAUGUUGGAAGAGAAUCAGAUGAGCAUUCCUCAUCUAUUCAGAUGCCCAAUCAGUCUAGAUUUAUUCACCGAUCCAGUGACUCUCAGUACAGGCCAAACCUACGAUAGAUCCAGCAUUGAGAAAUGGCUUGCAGAUGGAAAUCUUACAUGUCCUGUUACAAUGCAGCGACUCCAUGACUUAUCCAUGGUCCCCAACCGCACUCUCCGGCAACUCAUUGAUCGGUGGCUUCUCUCCAAUACACAUUCCGAUGCUGAACGGAUCAAAACAACCGAUCCCAAUCCCUCCUUAGCUACUCUCAAAAGCUACAUUCAAUCACUAGAGACCACCUUCACUACAAGGCUCGAAACACUCAGAAAGAUCAGAACUCUAUCCAAAGAGUCCGAUUCGAGACGAAUCUGCUUAAUCCAGUUGGGUUUUUUCUCUUCAAUUCUAGAACUUUUAUUCGGCGAUAUUCGUGCAGAAAUCAAACUCUCCUUGCAGGAUUUAGAGCUUGCAGAAGAAGCUCUCAACUGUCUUUUGAACUUAUUGCCUUGCACUGAAAUGGGUCAUUUAAACAUGCUCAAGGAAAGUUCUUCUUUAGCAUCUUUUCUUCUUUUAUUGAAUCAAGGCGGUAUGAAGAUCAAGACAAGCUUGUGCUGUAUGUUAGAAGCAAUCUCAUCAUCUUCAGAAACGAAAGAGCUUUGCUUGGUGUUCGGACAGACGCCGGCUGUUUUGCAAGGGCUGGUUUCUCUCCUUCACCAGCAAUCCGAUAUAUGUGCAUCCGAUGCAGCGAUUAGAGCUAUAUCAGGCCUUUGUUCAUUAGAAAUGAAUCGUGGGAGUGUAAUUAGAGAAGGUGGUGUGGACGGUCUGAUAAAAUACCUUUCGAAAUCAGACAGAAGGUAUGCUUCAAUAGCUCUGGCUACACUGGAACUUCUCUUAGGAUUAGAGAGUGGGAAAAGGGCUGUAAUUAGUAACCCAGAUGGUGUUCAUUUCUUGGUGAAGAUGGUUUUCAGAGUAUCAUACAAUGAAGGUAGCGAAAGUGCAGUUAGCUGUCUACUGAUUGUUUGUUAUGAUUCGUUGAGAGCACGACAGCAAGCACUCGGUGCAGGUGUUCUAACACAGAUACUUUUACUUCUUCAGAGCCAGUGCAGUUGCAGGGCAAAGACCAAGGCCAGGCUGCUGCUCAAGCUGCUUAGAUCCAUGUGGGUUGAAGAUCCAAGAAUGUUUAAUUUGCAAUAUGGUCUGUUUGAUUCAUGAGAGUCGCUUGUUCUAUAAAACCGUUGUGUGUCCAUGUACAUAAAUCAUAUGUGUAUGUGUGUUUUUGAAGCAGUAGUCGUUUAAAAGAUAGCUUAUGUGAGUGCUAAACACCCACAUUACUCUUUUGUUGUACUCACUUUACAUGACCUUCAA